ACAUAACAUUACGCAAGCACUAUAUAUUUUAAUGAAAUUAUAUCUAGGACAUAUAAUAAAUUAUGAAAUAAAUAACAUAUUUGAAAGUGUGAUGUUUUAACUGAUCAAAUUUCAAUUGUAUUAGUUAAUAUUGCAUAUCGUCAUUAUUGGUAUAAAAGACCAACACUAAUCACACCGGCGCCCUUCUCUCAUUGGUGGACAAUAGUUUUUAUUAAAAUAAUAACCCUUAUAAUAUUAUCAUAUACUAAAACAAAACAAAAUAUAUGUGUCUAUAUAUAAAAGAUCAACAACUUAAUCAACUCAUAAAAGAUGGCUUCAAAACUAGUAAUAAUAAUUAUUGGGGGGUGGCUAUGGCUGCAGGCACUAAGAGCAAGCCCACAAACCAAGUUGUUGAACCAAGGAUGCAGCCAGUACAAUGCCACAGAUUUUGCUGAUUUCUUCUCCAAUCUCAACGCCACUUUCUCCGAUCUCGAGGCUCAGCUUCGAGACGGAGAUAAGCGGUUUGCAACGGCGCAGCAGGCACGAGGAUCAGAUCCUGUCUAUGCCAUGGCACAGUGCAGGAACUACCUCUCGAGUGCCGACUGCGCCGCUUGCUUUGCAGCUGCAGAGAAGCAAAUUCGCAAUUGCUCUGCAGCCAAUGGUGCUCGUGUCAUAUACGAUGGCUGCUUUCUCAGGUACGAGACCAAUGGGUUCUUCGACCAAACUACUCUCCCAGGCAAUGUAGGAAUCUGUGGUAAGCAAACCAUACCUCGCAGUGUCGUGGCUGCGUUCACUUCCACUGUCGAUGAUGUCUUAUCAACUCUUCAAGCCGUGACGCCCAAGAUUAAUGGGUUUUUCGCGGCGGAAAAGAGGCAAGUGCCCGUGAGCGUAGCAGGGGGCAGAAACUUGACGGUUUAUGGCGUGGCGCAAUGCGCGCAGACAGUGAGUAGAAGUGGCUGCCUUGAUUGCCUGAAAGUGGCCUAUGUCAACCUCCAAAAUUGCCUUCCUGACUCGGACGGUAGGGCGGUCGAUGCCGGAUGUUUUCUUAGGUACUCAAAUACUUCAUUCUUUGCUGAUGAUCAGACAACCAAUCUAGCUCCUUUCUUGAAUGGAAGUAGUUCAAGAAAGAAGACCAUAAUUGGAGGAAUAGUAGGUGGUGUAGGUGCUCUAACACUCAUCAUCAUACUUGGAAUUUUCAUUUGGUUUAAAAGAUAUUCUAAAAAAUCACAACCAGUUGCUAGAGGUAACAUAUUGGGAGGUACAGAAUUACAAGGUCCAGUAAAUUUUAAGUACAAUGAUUUGAAACAUGCAACAAAAAAUUUCAGUGAACAAAAUAAACUUGGGGAAGGUGGUUUUGGUGAUGUUUACAAGGGGAGUCUGAAGAAUGGAAAAAUCGUAGCAGUGAAAAAACUAGCAAUAGGAAAAACAGAAAGAGGAAAAGCUGAUUUUGAGAGUGAAGUGAGGCUUAUAAGCAAUGUUCAUCACCGGAAUUUGGUGAGACUUCUUGGCUGUUGCAACAGUGGACCACAACUUCUUCUUGUCUACGAAUUCAUGCCAAAUAGCAGCCUCGACAGAUUUUUAUUUGGAGAGCAGAGAAGAGGAAAUUUGAGUUGGAGUGAAAGGCAUAAUAUAAUAAUGGGGACAGCAAAGGGUCUAGCUUACUUACAUGAGGAAUUUCAUGUGUGCAUAAUACAUAGAGACAUUAAAACAAGUAACAUUCUUUUAGAUGAUAAUUUCAACCCUAGAAUUGCUGAUUUUGGUUUGGCAAAACUUUUGCCUCAAGAUCGAUCUCAUCUCAGCACUAGAUUUGCAGGAACUUUGGGUUAUACAGCACCUGAAUAUGCAAUUCAUGGUCAAUUGUCAGAAAAGGCUGACACUUAUAGUUAUGGUGUAGUUGUGCUUGAAAUCAUAAGUGGCCAAAAGAGCACUGAGAUUAAAGAGAGUGAUCCAGAUGGUCAGUACCUCCUUCAACGGGCAUGGAAUCUUUAUGAGAACAAGAAGCACAUAGAAUUGGUGGAUGAAAAGUUAGAGGUGAAUGAGGAGGAAGAAGAAACAUUGAAGAAAAUUAUAGAGAUUGCUCUUAUGUGCAUACAAUCAUCCCCAACCAUGAGGCCUACAAUGUCUGAAGUUGUGGUUUUACUCAAAACAAAAAAGUCAUCGGUAUUGGAGGAGUCUCGGCCACUGACUAAACCUGUCUUUGUUGAUGCUAACCAACAUCCACGAGAAGACAGAGAGACUUCUGGUUCUACUGCUUCAUCUACUAAUACCUCUAAUGCUACUACAUCCAUAUCUCAACUUUUUGGUCGUUAGUUCAACUUAUUUUCUCGACUUUUAGGUUGUUAAUUCAACUUAAUUUGAUCAACUCUUGUAUUUAUUUCGUUAAGGAUUUGUUAGGUAUACCAUAUUAUAUUGUAGAGUAUAAUAUUGAUCUAUAUUAAUUUUAACUUAUAUUCUUACUAAUGUCAUAAACUUUAUUUUUUGAGAAAAAAAGUUGAAACUUAGACUUUUUCCACCACUUACCAGCCCUAGAAUAAUGCAAAAGGGAGUGGGAGUUGGAGUCGAUAUGGUUAAGACAAAUGGAGCAGUAAGGGUUAUCAAAAAAUUUCUUGUUGAAGAGGUUUAGUUUGGAGGAAAGAAGAUGAUGGAAAGCUUUCUAGAUAAAAUGUUUGAUUUUAGGGGGGAUAUUAGAUGACCAAACAGCCUUCCACCAAGGCUUAAAGGAAAUCGAGUUUGAGACACUAGGGUAAGGGUUGUAAAAAUUUGUAAGGUGAUAAGCGGAGUUGACGGUUAUGCUACUAGAGGGGUCAUGUCUCCAAAUGAGAAAGUCCCUGUUGAAAGGAUCAAUGGGGACAUUAAGAACGGAUUGAAUAAAGCUAUCAUCCAAGAAAUGGUUAAGCUUAUUCGUAUCACAUUGUCUAUCCUCCUUGAUAAAAAAAAAUGCAACAGUAUUUUC